AUGAAGACGAAGACGACGUCCACAAAGCGCAAGGCCUCCUCGCCCGUGCCCGCUGCCCCCACGCCGGCCAAACAGCCGAAAAAGGCAAAGCCAAAGGCAGAGCCGCCAGCAGCCGCGACUCCUGUGGACGCCCCCGACCACACUCCCCCCACCGACGCUCAAUUCGCUCCGCCAGGUGUGAACCUCGACAUACCCAUCGAUGAAGGCGUCUCCUCUUCCUAUCACGUCUACGUUUGUCCAGACAGCGGUAUAAUCUACGAUGCCUCGCUCAACCAGACCAAUGCCUCCAACAACAAUAACAAGUUCUAUCGCGUUCAGCUUCUAGAAAGCUCGGGCAGUUACAAGAACUACCGAACAUGGACUCGGUGGGGUCGUGUUGGUGAGCACGGUCAAACAGCCAUGCUGGGUGACGGUUCUCUGGAGGAUGCUUUCAACAACUUCCAAAAGAAAUUCAAGGACAAAUCCGGCCUCAAGUGGGAAGACAGAGGCGAGAAAUCAAAGCCCAAGAAGUAUGUCUUUGUCGAACGCAGCUACCUUGCCGACGACGAUGACGACGAUGAAGCUGCUGCUCAGGCUGGCGCUUCUCCCCAUGGCGAUACUGAGACUCCGCACACGCAGCCUAAAUGUACCCUCGAACCACCAGUCCAAUCUUUGAUGGAGCUCAUCUUCAACCAAGAGCAUUUCGCAAACACCAUGCAAAGCCUCAAUUACGACGUCAAAAAGCUUCCCUUGGGCAAGCUCAGCAAAGCCACCAUUACCAAAGGCUUCGAGUUUUUGAAGGAGCUGUCUGCAUUGAUGAGCGACCCUUCACUUGGCACUGAUCUGGACGCUUACGAGGACCUGAGCAACCAGUACUACAGCUACAUCCCUCACGCCUUUGGUCGCAACCGUCCACCAAUCAUCCGAACGCUCGACAUGCUGAAGCCAGAGAUAGAAUUGCUGGACAGCUUGAGCGACCUCAAAAACGCUGACGAGAUCCUGAGAAAGGCAAAGGACAGUGCUGCACAGAUACACGCACUUGAUUCACGCUUCCAAGGCCUCAACAUGCAAGAGAUGUCUGCCCUUCCCACCGACAGCACGGAAUUCACGGAGAUCAACCAGUACCUGCACAAGACCUGCGGCUCCACCCACUCCGUUAAGUACGAAGUGCAGGACAUCUUCCGCAUUCAACGUCAAGGAGAGUUUGAGAGAUUCGGUAGGAGCAAGUACGCUAGUGUUGCUAGCGACCGUCGUCUAUUGUGGCACGGAUCUCGCACUACAAACUAUGGAGGUAUCCUCAGUCAAGGUCUCCGUAUUGCUCCACCAGAAGCCCCAGUGAACGGUUACAUGUUCGGCAAGGGAAUCUAUCUCGCCGACAUGAGCAGCAAAUCAGCAAACUACUGCUCACCCUACGACUCGGAUGGCCACGCACUACUCCUUCUCUGUGAGGCCGAACUUGGCAAGCCCAUGCAAACUCUCACCGACGCCAGCUAUAACGCAGCUGAGACCGCAAAAGAGCUGGGUGCCUUCUCCACCUGGGGACAAGGUAAGACCUCACCCAAGGCUUGGAAAGACGCCGGAUGCAUUCAUCCCUCCCUCGCUGGUGCGACCAUGGUCAGUUCAUCUGUUCCGGCCCGUGCAGGCAUUUCACUGACUAUUGCACAGCCCGACACUACCCAAGACCCUGGUGAUACCAAUGUUCCCGGCGCCUACCUCCUCUACAAUGAAUACAUCUGCUACGACAUCGCUCAGGUCCGCCUUCGCUACCUGUUGCGCGUGAAGAUGUGA